UUGCUCCGGUUGCUUGCGCAGUGUUGUCUAUAUCGCGGCUGUGGCACUGUAGCGGGUGUUAGCCAGCAGCAGCUGACGCUCUUGUCCGCACCUCAAUCAACGUUUUGUUCUUGACACCAGACCAGGAAGUCAGAUCGUGACGCCUACAAGCUAGCUGUUACCUUAAGCGAUAACAGCAGAAAGGAAUUCGAAAACAAGAUACAUGUUGUAGUUGUAGUUUGAUAGUAAACGACGCCGUUUAAGAGCCGGAAAGCUAAGCUGAAAGCUUCAAACUCUCGCAUUUGACCUGGUUUACAUUCAAGUCUGCUAUCUAGCUUGUUAUUUAGCCAUCUGGAAGGACUGACGCUCCCUAGUAUUAGCAGCUAGUUACCGCUAGCGAGUCGGUGAUGGCGGUGGCGCACAGAGUCUGCUUUGUGGCUGGAUUUUUAUUCAUAUUACUGUUGCCUGGGUGCGAAGCAAGAAUACACAAGCUUACAUUGAAGAAUGAAAUUCGCCACACCAUCGACCUCAACGACUUUGGCUUCUACGCCAGCGGAACUCUGGAUGUCCACCUGUAUUCACUGCAAGUCCCGAAAACUCAAGUGGACAACAGCAAGUACCCAGUUGGGUUCAUCCUGUCCAGAUCGCGUGUUAAUGGAGUCUUGUCCUACACAGCAGAGGAGUUGAAGACAUGUCCGCUCACUCAAAAUCCGACCAGUGACGAGCCUCUCAUUCUUUUUCUCAUUAAUAUGGAGAAACAAAGCGUCAAUGUGACUGCUGUGGGUAAACAAGACAACAUACUGAUAGCGAAGGAAAAGGUUGAAGCAGAUAAAGAUCAGAAGAAAGUCAAACGUGCAUCAGAACAACAAUCAAAAAAUCAGGAUAAGCCAGCGGUGCUCCAAGAACAAGCGGACAAACGGAGCGAUGACAAGAAAUCAGAGCAGGCUGUGCAGAACCUAAAAGCUGAAGCUGUUAACGUGACAGGGACAUUCAAUCUAAGCAGUCACCACCAUUUGACUUUAGAUUUGGAAAAAAACGGCAGCGCCUACAGCUUCAGUUUCCGCAUGGUGUUUGGCUCAUAUGCGGAGGGCCUGUACAGCUUGAAGUUCCACUACUGUCGAAACAGGGAUCCGGGAUAUAACGAGCCCUACUCAUUUGCAGUGGAAGUGACGGAGAAGAAUCCCGAUGGCUACCUCUCUGCAGCGGAAAUCCCUCUGCCUCGCCUUUAUCUUUAUAUGGCUGGAGUUUUCUUCAUUGCUGCUCUGGUCUGGGUGUACAAUCUCAUCAAGCACAGUUACAGUGUGUUCAAGAUCCACUGGCUGAUGGCAGCGCUAGCCUUCACAAAGUCCACGUCACUGGUUUUCCACAGUAUCAACUAUCACUUCAUCAAAACUGAGGGGCAUCCUAUUGAGGGCUGGGCCGUCAUGUAUUAUAUAACACACCUGCUAAAGGGGGCGCUCCUGUUCAUCACACUGGCGCUGAUUGGUACCGGCUGGGCUUUCGUGAAAUACAUCCUGUCCGACAAGGAGAAGAAGAUCUUCAUGAUCGUCAUUCCUCUGCAGGUCCUGGCUAACGUCGCCUACAUCAUCAUUGAGUCUACAGAGGAGGGCUCCAGCGAGUACUACGUGUGGAAGGAGAUCCUCUUUCUGGUGGACCUUAUCUGCUGUGGAGCCAUCCUUUUCCCUGUUGUGUGGUCAAUCCGUCACCUACAAGAGGCUUCUAGCACUGAUGGCAAAGCUGCCAUGAAUUUGGAGAAGCUCAAGCUCUUCCGCCAUUAUUAUGUGAUGAUCGUGUGUUACAUCUACUUUACAAGGAUCAUAGCCAUUCUGCUCAAGAUCACUAUGCCUUUCCAGUGGCAGUGGUGCUAUGAGUUUCUGGUGGAGGUGUCGACUCUCAUCUUCUUUGUGUUGACGGGCUACAAGUUUCGCCCAGCAUCCAAUAACCCCUAUCUCCAGCUUCCCCAGGACGAGGACGACGUCGAGAAUGAUGAAGUAGUGACUGAGUCAGGCGCACUCGAGGGCAUUUCCAAAGUCAAGAAGACGUCCAACGGACGCGAUCGCCAGAAAGAGUCCACCUUGUAGGGAAGGAAGCUGCAUCUUUGGGAGUGGCCAACUAAACAUCCCCAGGCCAGCUGACAGAAAGGGGUACACACACACACACGGACCAAGGCUCCCCUCUUCCAGUGACAGCUCUCCUAUUGAAACUCUUUACAUGGUUGCAGUGGUUGCGCCCACUGUCUGGCUAUGCAACAAAAAAAAAAAGAAAAGGAAAAAAAAAGAAGGACUAACUUAUUGGACGCUCUCUGUUUCCCUUAAAAGCUCCACCUAAAAACUGAGAGGUUUCGAGCUACAACCACAUGGACGGGUGGAGAUAUGGAAAGGAGCUCUGAUGUUCUGUAUGUUUCAUUUCUCUCUCUCUCUCUCCCUCCAAAGAUAAUUUUUUUUAGACACUUGCUUUUGAGUGUGUUUAUAGCAGCUAUUUAAAACGGUACUUCUGCGAGCCUCUUAGCUGUAACUAUUCCUGUGCAGAGUGUGUUUUGUGUGUGUGUGUGUGUGUGUGAGUGAAAGUGAGACGACACAGGAUUUGGCUACCCCCGCCUCCCCACCCCAGUGACAAUAGCCCAUACUCAGGUAAAAGGCUAAUCAGUAUAUUUCAAAUUUAAGCAUCCAUCUCGUGUUUCAUUCCCAUUGUUCACAGGUCAGAAAAAUCCCACUUUAUCACCACACAGUACCGUAUGUUUUUUUGUUUUUUUUCUUUUCCUCCUACAUGAUUUGUAUAUUGAAAUAUAUGGUUAAGAAGAAGUUGUAUAUUUCAAUAUAGAUUGACUUAUUACAUAUUGAAAUGUUAUAUUUCAGUAUUAUUGUUGAUGUUGGAGACUUAAGCGUUCCUCCCAGCCCGUCACUCGGACUGCUGCUGUAAUUUAGUGCUUUAGUGGUUUGAGGACAACUCCCAUACACCUCUGUGAAUACAGCCAAUAUGGUGACAUGUGAAGAUGUAGGCAGAUGAACAGGUUUUUUUCUCUAAAAUAGGCAGAGAAGUUUGCCCUCUGCAUUUUUAAUGACGGCCUUGUUCUUUAACAACCCCUCCCCCCCAUCUCUCGUUUGGCAUUGCUGUGCCAACUGGGCAGAGAAGUGACCUAACUGAUCAUUUUUGAAUUUGCCUGCUUUUGGUUUUACCUUUUUGCUCUUGAUGUGAAGCUUAUUUUAUGAAUUAUUGGUUUGAUAUUAGGUUUUGAAAAGAUCAGCAAUGUGUGUGCAGCCAAACCGGGUGGAUGGCCAUUUGUAAAUAAGACCGCUGACACAAAAGAAGGCACAUAACAUUUUGCUGAGCAGUGCAGAGAGGCUUUAUGGAGGGCUUUAGACAGUUCAGGUUCAAUCAGAUUUUUUUUUUCCUUUUUUUGGAUAGACAAACAGGUGUGGCGAUGAGGAAAGACUACUGAGAUUUUACACCAAUCACUCCGGUGCAGGGAUGACCCCAGUACCUUGGAGGGAAGGAUUUAGCAGUGGGUGAAGUUCACUUUAGUUUCAGUGAAAACAUUUUUUUAAUUGUUACAGAGGGCUGUUUGGUGUCUGUAUCAGCUGUCACAAUAAAGUUCUGCAAAGUUCUCAGAUUA